GCGCCGCACAGCCGAAAGUCACCUCUUGGUGUGGGUCAGAGAGGAGCUAUUGACGGCUAGCAGCAGAGCUAAUCUGGUCCAAGAGCCGCCGGGAGAAGGUCGACAGUAGGACAGCAGCAUCCUCUCACAGCUUUAAACCUACCUGUGGUUUAUUUACGUCCUACCCACGGACGAAAGCUUUUUAAAGUCCGUAGCUUUACAAGGACAUACAACUGUCGAGCUAACCGUUUCGCGAGCUAGCUUCAGUUUCCUCUGAACAUCCAGAACCAUGGCUGCUCUUAGAGCCUCCUACCACCGCAUCCUGGACAGGAUCGAGCACAUUCUGCCCGCCAAGCUGAGACCUCUGUACAACCACCCGGCAGGUCCAAAAACAGUUUUCUUCUGGGCCCCGAUGUUUAAAUGGGGUCUGGUGGUCGCUGGUUUGGCUGAUAUGACUCGACCUGCAGAGAAACUCAGUACCUCCCAGUCUGCAGUGCUGACAGCCACAGGGCUGAUCUGGUCCAGAUAUUCACUGGUUAUAAUCCCCAAGAACUGGAACCUGUUUGCUGUCAACUUCUUUGUCGGCAGCGCUGGAGCCUCUCAGCUCUACAGGAUCUGGAGGUACGAGCAGGAUAAGAAGGCGGCGGCUAAAGAGGCUGCAGAGUCGUGAGGCUUCCUGCAGCCGGUGCUUCCAUUGCAGUGAACUAAAGGGAGACUCUCAUCAUCUCCAGCAUCCCACGUUGUCUCCAUAACAUCCAUGCCAUAACCUUUGUUCUACCACGUUAAGCCUGUUGUCCCUGGUGGAAAGAAGCACUUUUCCUUAAGUUUCAGAUUUCCUCAGGGGUGUACUUCAAACCAACAACAAAAAAAGAACAUUUUUAACACACUCUAGAAUGGCGGUCAUCAACGCACAAGUCCUGCUUGUUCAGCGAGUUCCAUGAUUGUACCGUGUUUAGUUUAACGUCAGGCUUUACAUUUUAUGCACUAGCUGGGGGGUUUGGCUUUCCCCGUCAUCGUUUUGUUUUUUUGAUGUAGCAAUCAGUACCUCGAGCAAAAGAUUCCCAAAAAAAGAAUAAGAAGAAAUGUAAGUUGGAUCUGUGUUGAAUGUGGUUUAAGGAAUGUUUCCCAAUGAAAUAAGGAUUGAAGGAUGUCAUCACAUUUCUCUUUUAAUUUGGUUAGAGUUCAGGUUUCUGUACUCAGCCAUCAUUAAAUCACGAGUGAUUAACGUGUAACGAUUCCUUCCAUCUUAAUGCCUGAAGUGUUUUAAUCUGUGUGAAAACAACCUAAUUUAUGAUUCACUUCAUUAAGAUAUUCUUUGGUCAAAGCUGUAUAGAAGGAUGCUGUUUUUUUGUAAUUCUAUAUCAGGAUUCCUGACAUCUUUACCGCUGGUACUGACACGUCCGUAUGAUCAGAACCUUACCGUCAAAGACUGCUUAUUCUUAGGAAGGUGUUUUAUAUUUUUUUCUGUGUAAGAAUAACACUUUCUUUGACAUGUUCCCACCAUAUUUAUUCAGCAUAAUCCAAUGAGUAACGUAGCAAUAAUUGGUCUUUUCACGUAAUCUGCUGACUGUUUGAACAAAUGGCACUUUUAGGGUUGAUCGUGACGCUGUGGCUCUGUAAUGGCUGUAAUGCUAAUAAACAGUUUAACACCUA